AUGUUUGUCUUUCGAGAUUGUUGCGUCCUCAACAGGCAAAUUGUGAAUAUAAUUUCAGCUUGGAAUACCCUUUGGCCGCAAGAAAGGAAACGACAACGAGCUUUUUUCCUAUUCGGAUUAGCACUCAUACUACAACUGGAUAUUGAGGGGAUAAGGAAAUUCUUCCACACAUUUUUUCGCUUACCAACUUGGAUGUGGCAAGGGUUUCUUGGCUCGACUCUUUCAUCAGCAGACCUUGUAUUAUUUGCAUUUUAUAUGUUUGUUAUAGCUCCAAAUGACCUGAGAAAAGGCCUUAUCAAACAUCUGAUAUCUGAUCCUACUGGUGCAAUAAUGGUGAGAACUUAUCUUACAAUAUAG